AGACACAAGAAAUGCACCGAGAACACCUUCCCUGAAUGCGGAGCUUGCAUCCGCCUCAAUCUCGAAUGUGUGAGAGAGCCCAAGCGUCAAAUUGCCCCUGAUCCGCGGACUCACCCCGGUGAAUCGAGCGCCGCGCCUUCCGUCCGAACAGUGGAUCCAGUGAAUUUCUUCCACGAUUACCACCCUUUUACCAUCCGAGAGACAGAUCGAACAUCUAUGAGGCAGUACGCGAUGAAGUACUACAUCAACAUCAUGACCCAGAUGUUAACAGUCAGCCAGCAGUACAACUCCUUUCUGUCCGAAUUCGUCCCAAUGUCGAUCGUCUCGCCCGCUCUAUCGGGUGCAUUGAUCUCCUGGGCGGCAGGCCAUCUAGCCGCCGCAGCAGACGAGCGCUACCGCAUCACCGCCCUAGAAGCGCGAUCCACCGCCCUGGGCCACCUAGCCCUAGCUCUAUCCACCCCCUCACAGAACGACAAUGUCUGCACCCACGCAGCAACCUGCCUAGUCCUCCUGACUUCGGAGGUAUGUCUCGGUAAUCAGACCGGAUGGUACGCCCAUCUCCUCGGCGCAAAGAGCAUCAUUCUCGCCGCCACCACCACCACCCCGAGUGGAGUCGUCGGCCCUCACGCCCUCAAAUCCACCCCAGAGGGCCAGUGGAUCCUCCGCAAUUUCGCCUAUCACGAUAUCCUGGGCAGUGUCACGCUAGGGACCAAGCCACUGCUGCGCGCGGAUUACCUCCAUGACAUCACGGAGGGAGUGGUCGAUACGUAUCUGGGCGUGGCGGCGGGGAUCCUGCCGCUGAUCGCGGAGAUUAGUUUUCUCGAUUCUCCUCGUCGAGGAGGGGAUAAUGGCACGCAGGCGACGUUGUGCAGUCACGAACUGGACCCGGAAGUAUACUCGUCAUGCACCGACAUUGAGCAGAAACUCCUCGCCUGGCGAUGUCCCAACACCACAAGCACCGCGUCCCCGUCGCUGGUCGCAUUGGCAUACGCCUACCGCAGCGCCGCCGAGAUCUAUCUGUACCGGCGGAUGCGGGGAUUUCUCCCGCGCCACCGCAGCAGCAGCCCAUCAUGGGGCGAUGCUCGCCAGAGGGGCCGACCCGACAACAUGCUCGGUACCAAGAUGGCGGUCGCCGUCGCCGAGACCCUUGCCCACAUCCGGGAAAUCCCCUGGGCCGAACAGGUCGAAUCCGCCCUGCUGUUUCCGCUCUUCCUGGCUGGCGGAGAGGUGACAACGCCCGACGCGAUGGCGGUGAUCCGCCGGCGUCUUGAGCUCAUGUUCGCGCGCCGGCGGUUCGAGAAUAUCGCGCUGGCCCGGGCCAUACUGGAGGAAGUGUGGGAGCGUCGUUUGAGGGAAGCAGAAACUGGUUCGCUGGCAGGAAGCGGGGUGGAUUGGGAAGAGAUCCUCGCCAGACGGGGGGAUCAGCUUCUGUUGACUUGA